UUCACGCCCGCCUAGGCAGUGCGGUCCCCGCCUGACCGCCCCGGGCUUAAGGGAUCCUGGCUAGGCCGGCAGCCGGAGGUUCCCGCGGCUCGGGGCCGGCCAUGCUUCGCGGUCCGUGGCGCCAGCUUUGGCCCUUUCUCCUGCUGCUGCUGCUGCUCCUGGGCGGGCCUGAGCCCCUCGGCGCCUCCAGGCCGUGGGAGGGAACCGACGAGCCGGGCUCGGCCUGGGCCUGGCCGGGCUUCCAGCGCCUGCAGGAGCAGCUCAGGGCGGCCGGUGCCCUCUCCAAGCGGUACUGGACGCUCUUCAGCUGCCAGGUGUGGCCCGACGAUUGUGACGAGGACGAGGAGGCAGCCGCGGGGCCCCUGGGCUGGCGUCUUCCUCUGUUGGGCCAGCGGUACCUGGAUCUCCUGACCACGUGGUACUGCAGCUUCAAAGACUGCUGCCCCAGAGGGGAUUGCAGAAUCUCCAACAACUUUACAGGCUUAGAGUGGGACCUGAACGUGCGGCUGCAUGGCCAGCAUUUGGUCCGGCAGCUGGUCCUAAGAACAGUGAGGGGCUACUUAGAGACGCCCCAGCCAGACAAGGCCCUUGCUCUGUCGUUCCACGGCUGGUCUGGCACAGGCAAGAACUUCGUGGCACGGAUGCUGGUGGAGAGCCUGUAUCGGGACGGGCUGAUGAGUGACUGUGUCAGGAUGUUCAUCGCCACCUUCCACUUUCCUCACCCCAAAUAUGUGGACCUGUACAAGGAGCAGCUGACGGGCCAGAUUCGGGGGACGCAGCAGCUCUGCCGCCAGACCCUGUUCAUCUUCGAUGAAGCCGAGAAGCUGCACCCAGGGCUGCUGGAGGUCCUUGGGCCACACUUAGAACGCCGGGCCCCUGAGGGCCACAGGGCUGAGUCUCCAUGGACUAUCUUUCUGUUUCUCAGUAAUCUCAGGGGCGAUAUAAUCAAUGAAGUGGUCCUAAAGUUGCUCAAGGCUGGAUGGUCCCGGGAAGAAAUUACGAUGGAACAUCUGGAGCCCCACCUCCAGGCGGAGAUUGUGGAGACCAUAGACAAUGGCUUUGGCCACAGCUGUCUUGUGAAGGAAAACCUGAUUGACUACUUCAUCCCCUUCCUGCCACUGGAGUACCGUCACGUGAGGCUGUGUGCACGGGAUGCCUUCCUGAGCCAGGAGCUCCUGUAUAAAGAAGAGACACUGGAUGAAAUAGCCCAGAUGAUGGUGUUUUUCAUUUCUAACAACCACAUGGCCCCACCUGGACCUGCCAACCAGUUCUGUGGCCCCCACCUAGGAACUGACUCAGCAGAAGAGAACAGCUUCGAUUCCCCACGAUUUUACUCACCAAAUUAUCCUUAAAAACUCUGAUCCCCAAGUUUUCUGAGACUUAUUUGAGUAGCAAGACACCGGUCUCCCGCACAGCCAGCUCUGCGUGAAUUAUUCUUUGGCCAUCGCAGUUCUUCUGUCUUGAUAAACUGGCUCUGUCUAGGCAGUGGGCGAACUCAUCCCAGUACUUUGGAAGGCCGAGGCGGGUGGAUCACUUGAGGUCAGGAGUUCGGGAUCAGCCUAGCCAACAUGGUGAAAGCCCAUCUCUACUAAAAAUACAAAAAUUAGCUGGGCACGGUAGCACGCAUUUGUAGUCCCAGCUACUUGGGAGGCUGAGGCAGAAAAACGGCUUGAACCCAGGGGUGGAGGUUGCGGUGAGCCGAGAUCGUGCCAAUGCACUCCAUCCUGGGCAACAGAGGGAAACUCCGUCUCAAAAAAAAAAAAAAAAAAAAAAAAAAUCGUAAGUCAAAUCACAUUGAGAGAUUCUUGCAAGAUUCUAAAAAGACUUUCUAGACAACCAAAAAUGAGUGGGAGAAAAGGACUGAAGGUGGAAUGGGAGGAGGUGUAUAAACUGCUGCUUACCAGCCAUUUUAAUUGGGCCUCACGUAUGCACAACUUGUGUAUAUUCUACCCAUACCUGUUAAGGUUACUUCUAAAAGCAAUAACUCAUUCAUAAAAACUUGGAGACCACGUCAAACAAGAAGAGCAUGUUAUCCUGUGAGGUUCUACACCUACUCCAUAAAUGCUGCAUUGACCCAGAACACUUACAACUUACUUGGAGUUGUCCUCAGAAUGGAUUUUGAGAGAAUUAAAUUUCACUUGACAGUCGCUUCAUGUUGAAGACACACAAACAAACACAUUACCCACCUUAUGCACAGCAGCCUGGACUCCAGAUGAUGCCUUUUGUUCACUUCCAAAAAUGUAAUCCAUCAAAGGAUGAGUAUUCACCCCCACAGAGGACAUUCUAAAGAAUGUGCCAGGCUGGGUGUGGUGGCUCACACCUGUAAUCCCAGCACUUUGGGAGGCGGAGGCGGGUGGAUCACGAGGUCAGGAGAUCGAGACCAUCCUGGUUAACAUGGUGAAACCCCAUCUCUACUAAAAAUACAAACACUUAGCCAGGGGUGGUGGCGGGCGCCUGUAGUCCCAGCUGUUAGGGAGGCUGAGGCAGGAGAAUGGUGUGAACCCGGGAGGCAGAGAUUGCAGUGAGCCGAGAAGGCGCCACUGCACUCCAGCCUGGGCGACAGAGCAAGACUCAGUCUCAAAAAAAAAAAAAAAAAAGGCCGGGCGUGGUAGCUCACGCUUGUAAUCCCAGCACUUUGGGAGGCCGAGGCGGGCGGAUCACGAGGUCAGGAGAUCGAGACCACGGUGAAACCCUGUCUCUACUAAAAAUACAAAAAAAAAAAAUUAGCCAGGCAUGGUGGCGGGCGCCUGUAGUCCCAGCUACUUGGAGAGGCUGAGGCAGGAGAAUGGCGUGAACCCGGGAGGCGGAGCUUGCAGUGAGCCGAGAUCGCGCCACUGCACUCCAGCCUGGGCGACAGAGCGAGACUCCGUCUCAAAAAAAAAAAAAAAAAAAAAGAAUGUGCCAGAGGGAUGCUUGCUAAAAUCAGCUUCAGCUUCUUUACCUUAUAGACAUCUGUAUUACGUAGAGAGAAAGAAAUGCUGCUUAGAUUCUCUGUCAACUAAAUCAUGGGAGAAACACUCCAAUCUCCAGCCUACUUUGCCAAUAAAAUAUUGCAACCUUUAUUUAAAACAAAACACAACUUGGCAAACCUUGUGAGAAGACAGAGAGAGCAGUCCCUUUCAAGGGCUUCAUUUAUUUACAUCAAGUUUAACACUGUUAGCAGUUCACAGUCAGACAACAGAUGGAGAGAAUUAAAUUAGAAAAACAACUGAAAAUAUAUUACAAUAACAAUUAAGAACAAAUACCUGACAACACUGGUAAUGUGACCCACGAUUGAUGUGUUUUUAGUUAAAUCCCACAUUGUCUCACUAUGUCCCCUUAGCAAUGCAUACAGUGCCCGAUGCUCCAAACCUCACCCUCUGUGCACCACAUACACACCUGCAGGGCGGGACCUUUGGUAUAAACGUUCAACGAGUUUUAAAGAAUCUGAAUCCGCAUGUUUUGGGACAAAGUUCUGUCAACCACCAUGAAAUGUUUAAACUUAUUUUUCCUAAGCGAGCAUAAAACUGGGGUUUGUCCAGUGACAGUCAUUAGAGAAUCAGACUGAAGAGAAGAAAAACUGCAGGGUCUGGGAGGAGAUGGGGGUUCUGAGUAUACGUCAACAGCUAAGUCAGCCUGUUCACAGUCAACACACCAACCACGCUGCUGCUGUUCAUCCAAGGAAAGAUCUGAGUGAUUCCUCUUUUACUUACUCCCCCUUUCUUCAUGGGCACGACAGCAGUGCACGUGCACUUAUGGACACAAACGCACACACACCAGCUAUACAGAUCUGAGAUGAGAGGGGUUUCAAACAUAUGCCCUAAAGAACCAUCAACAAGUAUCUCAUUGUUCUUUCUAGUUUCUGAAUACUAAUUGACAACUGGCCUAAUCAUGGUGAUUUCUCAAGAUCUCAAGAAAUUCCUCUCAAAACAUAAUGGAGUCCAAGUGGCCACAGUGAAAAAUUGCUGUCAAAAUGGAGGAGAGCUGGUUUCUCUGGCCCUCAUCUGCCAGAAACAUCUCUGUUUCCUGGCCUUCAUUUGCCAGAAACAUCUCUGUCUCCUGGCCUUCUUGCCACUCACAAUACCUGGUAUGGUACUUCUGAAUUGUGCAGAACAGUAUCUGAGGUUUACUGUUGAUGACCCUAAAGCAUUCCCAGUCCUGCAAAACCUUCUGAAACAACAAUUUGCAUAUUCUUUUUAUUGUGUUAUAAUUGCUGAAAAUUAAGUAUAUAUAUAUAUAUAUAUAUAUGCGAAAAUUUAAGUCUCAUUCUCCAACUAAAGUUUAUGGUGCCUAAUUACAUGAUUUAAAACUCCCAUUCUGAGAUUCCGAAGCAAAUCUAAGCAAGUUCCGACUACACAAACUCCUUGUAUUUCCUUUCAUAAAGCCUGCUAGCAUUCGACAGUUUGCCUCCAGCGUGUCUUAAAAGGUUACUUAGCAUGCUCGGAGACCUCAGCUUCUGAGAGUUCAGCUCAGUAGCCUGGAGUGACAGGUAGGACCCUGAAAAUUUGCUAAUGCAAGUACAAUGAUGAGCAAAGAAUCUUCCAGAACAGACAUAGAUGACAUGUAUCACAAUUCUGCUCCAGAUAUGGUGUGGUCUGAGGACAGUGCUGUGCCUGGCCUUUCCCCUUCAACAUGCCAGAGUGAACAGGGCUUUGCUACUCUGCUCAGGUUAAAAGGUAAGAUUUUUCUAGGAGAGGUAAACAAUUUCAAAGUUAAGAGAUGUACAUGGGGAUGAAGAAGUAAGUGCACUUGGAGGGAAGGGUCUGGCGAGACCUCGCCAGGUGGGCUUGAGAAAUGCAGCAACUGCCAAGUGAACACUCUCAGGAAACCACUUCACAUGGGGGAUUCUCACAGAUGCAGGAUCUGGCCACUGCCACCUGAGAAGCUUGUGUCUACCAGUUCUAGUUCAAUAAUCAUGCAAAAUCAACCCAGCUGACAAGUCUUUUCCUCUGUGAGACUCAUGAAACCCAUUUUUGAAAGCACAAAUCUCCAAAGGUGGCCUCUCAGCAGUUUCUGCCAUUCCAAGUCAGCUUUGAAUCAUGACGUGCCAUAGGACUCCUUACCUGGGGAGAAGUAUGGGAUCUUCUUAUCUUGAUCCCACAGGGUGAAGCCUUCCCUAAUUUUCCGUCCUUUGGAUCUAGGAUAUUGAGUCAGAAAUGAAGGUAUCAUCUUUUUUUUUUUUCUUCUUAACGUGUCUCACUCUGUCACUUAGGCUGGAGUGCAGCGGCGCGAUCUCAGCUCA